AUGUCCAUGAUUGCAGCUUUCUAUAGUGGCAAGUCCAUUCUCAUUACUGGGGCCACAGGCUUCAUGGGCAAAGUGUUGAUGGAGAAGCUAUUUCGCACCAGUCCCGAUCUGAAAGUCAUUUACAUCCUUGUGAGACCCAAGGCUGGCCAGACAACGCAGCAGAGGGUUUUCCAGAUCCUAAAUAGUCAGCUCUUUCAAAAAGUCAAAGAAGUUUGUCCAAACGUGCAUGAGAAGAUCAGAGCUAUCUAUGCGGACCUCAAUCAGAAUGACUUUGCUAUCAGCAAGGAGGACAUGCAAGAGCUUCUCUCCUGUACAAACAUUAUCUUCCACUGUGCGGCCACCGUGCGCUUCGAUGAUCAUCUGAGACACGCCGUGCAACUUAACGUCACUGCCACCCAGCAGCUCUUGCUCAUGGCCAGUCAGAUGCCAAAGCUUGAAGCCUUCAUACAUAUCUCCACUGCCUUUUCAAAUUGUAACCUGAAGCACAUCGAUGAGGUCAUCUACCCGUGCCCUGUGGAGCCAAAAAAAAUCAUCGACUCCAUGGAGUGGUUAGAUGAUGCUAUUAUUGAUGAGAUCACCCCCAAGCUGAUCGGUGAUCGGCCCAAUACUUACACGUAUACCAAGGCCUUGGGUGAGAUGGUGGUGCAGCAGGAGAGCGGGAACCUAAACAUCGCCAUCAUAAGGCCCUCCAUUGUGGGAGCAACCUGGCAGGAGCCUUUCCCGGGCUGGGUUGAUAACCUAAAUGGACCUAGUGGGCUCAUUAUUGCGGCUGGGAAAGGGUUUCUUCGGUCCAUAAGAGCUACUCCGAUGGCUGUGGCAGAUUUAAUUCCCGUUGAUAUAGUCGUCAAUCUCACUUUGGCUGUGGGAUGGUACACAGCCGUUCACAGACCUAAGUCAACAUUAAUCUACCACUGUACAUCUGGUAACCUCAAUCCUUGUAAUUGGGGCAAAAUGGGAAUCCAAGUCUUGGCAACUUUUGAAAAAGCCCCAUUUGAGAGAGCUUUUAGGAGGCCACAUGCAGACUUCACAACCAACCUCAUCAUAAGCCAGUACUGGAAUGCUGUCAGCCACCGGGCCCCUGCCAUCAUCUAUGACUUCUAUCUGCGGCUCACAGGAAGGAAGCCCAGGAUGACAAAGGUCAUGAAUCGGCUUUUAAGAACAGUUUCCAUGCUGGAAUAUUUUGUCAACCGGAGUUGGGAAUGGAGCACAUACAAUACGGAAAUGCUGAUGUCUGAGCUGAGUCCUGAAGACCAGAGAGUAUUCAACUUUGAUGUGCGCCAGUUGAACUGGUUGGAAUACAUUGAAAAUUAUGUUUUAGGAAUUAAGAAGUACUUACUGAAAGAGGAUAUGGCUGGGAUCCCAGAAGCAAAACAACAUUUGAAAAGGCUCCGAAAUAUUCACUACCUCUUUAACACUGCCCUCUUCCUCAUCGCAUGGCGCCUUCUCAUUGCAAGAUCUCAGAUGGCUCGGAAUGUCUGGUUCUUCAUUGUGAGCUUCUGUUAUAAAUUCCUCUCCUACUUUAGGGCACUCAGCACGCUUAAGGUGUAAGAACAUUUGGCAAGCUCCUUUUAUCUGGAACCUUUUGGAUACCUCUAAAACAGCAAACUGUGGUUCUCAAGAUUAGGAAGUAACAAAGAAUAUGCCCAAGCUCAUUACCUGUCAAAGUGUUGUCUUCACCUGUUUCUUACCUAUAUAUUUUAUUUCUGUGAGAGAAGGAAAGUCAUAUCCUAGCCUAUAAUCAUCCGUAUCUUAGGAAAAAUUAUUUCCAGAUUGCUUCCUAAUACUCCAUUCUGUGCCCUUGAAUAUAAAACACCAAAGUACAUUUAUCUGUCCGUAUUUAGGGUUUUUUCUCUUCAGAGGACUAAUUUUUGACUCAAUGAACGUGGAAGAACACAUGAUAUAAGCUGAAAUAGGCUAAAGAAAGGCAGUUCUAACCUUGGAAUCAUUCUGGGAUACCCAGUAUAAAAGUUUAAAGUCAAGAUUAAGUUGAGGAAGAAUGAUCUUUGCAACCUCAGAAAUACUGUAAAAGAGAUAAUUCUCUACUGAAAUCUCAGUGUCCUUUUUCUGUUAUACCAUGAAGACCUGUUGAAGGCUGGGAGAACUGGAAAAGUGGAUUCACAUCUAGCACUUCCCUCAACUAUUUCUGAAAUCUAAAAAAAAAAAAACAAAAAAUUAGGUGUAAAUAAUUAUGUAUAGAAGGAGAGCUCAAGCAUAGUUGCAUUGGUACCGAUUAUGCUUGUAAGUAAAAUUAGUUCUCAUAAUUUGAAUCUGACAACUUUUAUUUCUAAAUCUUUUGAGUCACCCAUUUUCCUGAUAACCUUCUCUCAGGAGUUUCCUUUCUGUUCACCGAAGUCACCAAACCCCUUAUAUUUAUUUUGCUCAGCCCUCAGAGCGAGAGUGACUGAUGGAACGUCCUAGGCUAGAAUCUUAAAAAAACAAAACAAAAAAACCCACAAAAAUUCAGUCCCCUGAUCUUUGCCAGUGAGGAUGGCAAAAUUUUAAAUAUAAAUGAAAAUGUUAGUUUAAGUCUUUUUCUGGGAAGUGGGGAAGAUUACCCUUCUGUGACCACCAGGACUUGCUAGUAUCUUAUCAUUCCAGUUACACAAUACUAACUGUGCAACGUACAGCAGAAGAGACUUCACUAACAGACUGUCACUUUAGAGAGUAAGUGUUGUUUUAUUUAAAAAUAUUUUAUGUAUAAUACCAAUGAAUUAGUAAAAACUAUUUAUUCUCAAAUCCCUAUAUUAAUAAUAUAACUGUUAUCCUGACUUUCCUUGCAUUUGAGAAAUCAAUGUAUGUUGGAUUGCAGCAUUUCAUGUUAAAAAUAUGGAAUAUUCUUCAAAUAUAGUAUUUAGGGCCUCAGCAACUAAAAUAAAAACCCACAACCACUAGAAAAUUACACGAGCAUAAACUGGCAAGGAAGGCAGUUAUAUGUAUACUCACUUUCCAGAUUAAUUGGUAAUACUCAGAAAGCAUGUGCACGUAGUUGUAGUGCAUAAGGCUUGAAGGGCAGCUUCUAGUCCAGUAUUACUUGAGAUUUUUCUGAACACCAUAAAGGGCAUUUGGGGGGGAACUCUUCUGGGCAGUAUCUUUUCGAAUCUCAUCUAAAGGUCUGGGAACUCCCUUCCAGGGCACACAACCCAGCUCUGAAACAAAGCACUUGGUGAUCUUUAAUUUGAGAGGUCUAGAUGAUACUUCUGAGCUACACUGAGAUAUAAACUAUAGAUAUGAUAAAAAGAAAUCAAGUUAUAAUUCAAUGAGAUGGGAUAAAACACAAUUAUUCUAAGAAUUUACUAUCUUUUGAUUGUUUCACCAAUUCCAUAAAUUCCACUGAUCAAGUAUUCAUUUUGACUUUUGAUUAAAUGAAAGUUUGAAUUAAAAAAAUGUUUUCCUCUUCUAGUGUUGUAUCUUUAACUGCUGACUACUACAGAUUUCCUCCCUCCCCUGAGGAAAAAAGAUAGAAUUUUCCAAAGAAACUACCAGAGGAGUAUAAAUUUUAACACACAGAUACUAAUGCUUAAACAUUUUCUGAUACCAUUACCAGUGUUACAUUUACACGCUGAAGCAUGUUUUAUCUGUGGCAUUAAAGAAAUGAUACAAAUAAAGUUCUGUGAUGAUUAAGCAGUAAAAAUAGGUAUCGGUAUGAAAGAAAAUCCCUAAUUAUUUUCUAUCAAGACCAAUUAACAAUUAUUUGAAAGCCUAAUACAUACAAUUACAAUGUAAUGAGAAGAACCUACUUUUGGGGAAAAGAGGAUGGACGGUAAGUGCAAAGAAAAGGUAUCUAUGUUUAAAAAGAAGUUUUGGUAAUCCCUAUAUUCUUUACCCACAACAUACCUGAUAGAGUAAUGACUAUUUCAGAGUUAAAAACAGUCACCACCUAAAGCAAUUAAUACUAGAAAAAGUUGAAGCAGACUGGCAUACAACUCAGAAAAAACAUUUAAGAUAACUUACUAACUUUAUACUAAUCAUCACCUCCAGUUAACAUCUCAUUCAAACAGCUGAUUUAGAAUCACUCAUUCACUUUUUAAUAUGAAAAUACAAAAGAAAUCCAAUCUCAUACAGUAAUUUGGCUCUAUCUGGAGCAAAAGCAAAUAUAACAGAGUGGUAUUUAAAGACUGCCACAGUUUUCCUAUGAGGAAAAAAGCUUAUAUAUAAGGGACUGGGUCUUAUUUGGGGGUACACGACAAAGAGGACAAAGAAAUUUGUAUUUGUCAUUUUACUCAGAGUCCCAAUUGUUAAGGAUUGAGACUCUAAAAUUGUAUAUCCUCUUUUCUCUUAAAAAAAAAAAAAAAAACAAAAAAAUCCAAGGCAGUUUGUUUCCUACUGUUACGACAAUGCAAGGUGAUUUUAUCACUAACAAAUAUUUCAAAAGUGGGGAAAAACUACAAUAAGGAAAUACUGGGACAUUAAUCCAGGCAUCAUACCAUAAUGUAGUGAAUACAUGGUGAUCGAGUUUGGAUAGUGCUGACAAAGGGUGGCUCACUUUGGCUUGCAGGUUUGCAAUAGAGCUCCAAACAGAAGUGGAGGGACUUAAGCACUAUGUUAAAGGGCAUGAUGAAAUUUUAAAGGUCAUCUGGCUCAGGUAUAAGUAUUUUUAAACAAUGAAAAUAAACAUCUUGAACUUGAGUUCAAGAUUCAAAGUUUUAAAUUUUGAAGCGGACAAGAUGCAUAUAAAAUUUCCUUUCUGGUACCUGAAUUACUAACCCAGAACAUAAAAAGGAUGCAUAAAAUAUCCCUACAGAUACCAUUAAAAAAUUAGACCUUAAGUCAUUCCUUUACGAAUUCCAAAGUUAGGUUUAUAUUAAAGACUGCAAACCUUGCUUGCAUUAGUAAUUUUUCUAUGAAAAUUCAGUGCUAUCAUAAAACAUAUAUGAGAAAAAUGUGGUAUUAAUCAUCUAAAUUGAGAAUUAAAAGUGAUUUUGUAAUUCUAAUACUGCAUUAAGCUUUUCCCAAGAGGUCAUCUGUACUGUACAAAUACCACAGCAGAGAAUUAUUCACCUAAAUAUUUCAUCUCUUUUUCUAGA